AUGGCCGAGGAGGAUCCUAUGGAGACGCUUAUAGAGGAAGAACUCAGUUCUUUAUCCUUCAGCAGCGAGGACAGCGAGGACGGGUGGCGGCGUCCGACGGGGCUGCUGCUGUGGCCGGAGGAGCAGCGGCCGCUGAUGGAGCGCGAGCGGCGCCGGCCGCCGCAGGCGGUGGGCGGCUACAUGCUGGGCGACAUCUUGGGCUGCGGCGGCUACAGCAAGGUCAAGGACGCCGUGCACACAGGAACGCUCGCGCGCCGCGCCGUCAAGAUCGUACGCAGGAGCUGCCUGCGGCGCAUCCCGUUCGGCGAGCAGAGCGUGCGGCGCGAGACGUGCCUGCUGGGGGCGCUGCGCCAUCCGCACGUGCUACGUCUGCACGAGGUGCUGGCCCAGCUGCACCCCGACAAAGCCUUCCUCGUGCUCGACUACUGCCCGCUCUCGCUGCAGGCGCUGCUCGACGCCGCGCCCGCCAACAGGCUGGCGGCGUGGCAGGCGCGCGCCUACCUGCGGCAGCUGUGCGCGGCCGUGUGCUACCUGCAGGCGCGCGCCAUCGUGCACAAGGACAUCAAGCCCGCCAACCUGCUACUCGCGCCCGACGGCCGCCUCACGCUGGCCGACUUCGGCGUCGCCGAGGCGCUGCCGCUCUUCUCGCAGGGCGACACCUGCACGCGCAGCGAGGGCUCGCCCGCCUUCCAGCCGCCUGAGGUGGCGAACUGCGAGCCGUCGUUCUCGGGCUUCAAGCUGGACGUGUGGAGCUGCGGCGUGACGCUGUACUGCAUGCUGCUGGGCGUCCACCCCUUCCUGGAGGGUUGCACCAGCGUCUACCAGCUGCAGACGCGCAUCGCCCACUACCAGGUGACGUUCCCGAGCAGCCUGGAGGCGGUGUCUGAGGAGGUGCUGCGCGGACUGAUGGCGCGCCUGCCGGCGGACCGCUGGUCGGCGGACCGGCUGUCGCAGCACGCGUGGGUGGUGCGCGCCGCGCCCCCGCCGCCGCUGCCCAGAGUAAUGUCACCAAAGAUACUUCAAAAAUAUUUCUUAUGCAGUGAUAUUGCCUACAUCGCCACAGGUUUAUCCAUCAGCAGUUAA